AUGGGGAAGGAGCGGCAUUGUGCAAAGAGAAGCAUAGAGAAGGAUGAAGAAGAGUGCAGAAACAAUGCUGAGAGAAUGACGUUAGUUCUGAUUCUUGGUUGGUAUUUUGUGUGGCAUCUGUUUUUAUCUAAAUUCAAGUUUCUACGGGAACUAGUGGGAGACACAGGAUCCCAGGAGGGAGAUCAUGAGCCUUCAGGGUCUGAAACUGAAGAAGACCCUUCAUCCUCUCCACACAGAGUCAGAUCUGCACGCCAAAGGAGGGCACCUACUGACGAAGGCCAUUGAUCCUAGACAGGGUCCUUCAUUAGUAUACAAUGAAAGGCAAUUAUGAGCCUCUGUCUUAGUGACUUGGCUUUGAAAUAUACUAAAUGCCUGAAGAACAUUUAUACUUGGAUUUCAUAUCCAGUUCAAAAAAUUUAUAUGUAAGCCAUAUAGUAAUAAAGGGAAUUAAAACCAAAUUGGACCUUUGCAAAUUUCAUCUUAAAGAUAAUAUUUUGUUUUGAUAGCUUUCUGCUCAACACAUUUAUUCCUUGGCUCUUGGGAUUUUUUUGUUUGUUUGUUUGCACUGGUGUGAAUCUCAUAAACAUUUCAAGCUUGAAAAGCAUAUUUUAAUAUUCAAAAUGUAUUCUUCAUGUUUUAACUUGUCUGAAAUGGGGAUGCAUCUCAUUACUGUCAGCCAGGAUAGUCACAUAAUUAUCCUAGCUUGUGCAUGUGUGAAUUUACAGCUCAUAGUGGCAUCCCCUUAACUGACAUGUAUUAUUGGUAUCAAAUGUUUCAGUUUAAUUGGCCUUUUAAAAUGUCUUCUAAAAGAUUACACUAUGACUCAGCAUUGAAACGUAGGGUUAUUGUAUAUGCGGAAAAGCAUGGAAACAGAGCAGCGGGGCGAACAUUUGAUAUUAGUGAAGCAAAUAUUCGCCGUUGGAGGAAUGACCGAAAUUCCAUAUUUUCUUGCAAAGCAACCACAAAAUGUUUUACGGGACCUAAGAAAGGAAGAUACCCACAAGUAGAUGAAGCUGUACUACAUUUUGUCAGUGAGGCAUGUGCUAAAGGAUUGCCUAUCACACGCCAAGUAAUGCAGUCAAAGGCAGGGGAAAUUGCCAAAACCCUCGGAAUUGAUGAAACAAAAUUUAAAGCAACAAGAGGCUGGUGUGACCGAUUCAUGCGUCGAGCUGGACUGUCAUUAAGACAUCAGACAUUGUUUUGUCCAAAACUUCCCACUGACAUUAAACAGAAGACAGUGGUGGAGCAUUCUUUCAAGAAAUGCUGCAUCGCCAGUCCUCUUGAAGAUGCCAAGGGCCAUGUCAUGUGGGCAAAUGCAGACAGCGAGGACGGUGACGUGAGAAGUGAUUUAGAAGAGCUGGGUUCAGAAUAUGAAGUUAUAGUUAUAACUUGACCAGUUUAUUUCCCACAUUCUUUACAUACACACAAGAUUGGUGUGACAAAAAUCUUUUAAGAGCACUGUUUUAAUGAAUAUAAAAUGUUUUCUGUGCUAUAGGCAUUAGGUUGUAGUUUCAAGGGUAGUGUUUUUCUUUGUAAUAAUACGGUGCAUCUUAACUGAUAGUAUCUGAUUAAAUAAAAAUGGUCUCGUCAUGAUAAAUUUAUUUUUCUUUUCAAGAUGGCAUCUAUUUAUUGGAAUACUUAAUACUGACUCAUGUUAAAUAGUUAUCUUCUAUGAAAUACAUUUUUUUGGGUAAUCUAUUCAAGAUUUUAGAGUAGUUAGGAAUAGGAAGAACUAUUCUCUAGGAAGAGUAGGGUUAGUCACUCCCUUUGUAUGGGAGGACUUUAUGCUUAAGGCAUGUGUUGUGGAGAAACUACUUUUUCACAAUAAUCCAGUGACAAGACCUCAGAGGUACUGGGUGUUGAAAAUAUACCGGGUGGAAAUACCCGCGUAACUGUAAAACAACUCUUGCCAGGUAUCCAUGUUUGUCUUCACUGAUUUUUGGACUGAGUGUUUACUGGGGAAGAGAGGUAUGGAUUCACAAAACUUACUGUUCAGUGUUCCCUGCUUUGUAUAAGAACGAAAUGCAAAGCCAGUUUGUUUGAUUAAUCUGAGUUCUUCUGUUUUUCACCUUUGUUUCUCAGAAUUAGUCAUCACCUCCAAUUUAUGGAGGUUUGUAAUUAUGUUUGAUACCUCAUUCUUCGUGCUCAUUCAGUUUUGUUGGUCUCCUCACAGUUGACUAGCUCUGCCCUAGGUUGUGUUCCUGAUGAGCACAUCUUUGCUGAUACUGUAGACCUUUGGACAUAUUAAAAGGGAAUUUACAGAGCAGAACUGUGUGUGUGCUCGCAGAUGCUAGAGGAGCAGCUGCGAGAGGAGCACAGUCAUUCUGUCUUCGUUUCCUUAUUGGAUGCUGUAUGACUAGGGCAUAAAAGAGCAGUGACACAGUUUCUAGCAUUAAUUUUAAUGUUUCAUGUAUCAGCUGGACAUUACAUUCACAUGGUCAUCAGUUAGAAAAAUGAAUGCCUGAAAGCAUCUUGGUGCUGGAAGGAUAUCAAAUUAGACUUUUUUAUUUUAGAAUGCUCUGAGUGCUGGCUUUCUUUAUGUUUGUGUUUUAUGGUGGCUAUAUAAGGUUUAGUUAAUAAUUACUGAAAUAUUUAAGUAGCUGAUGAGUGUCCUGUUGUGUCAGUAUUAAAGAAUGAUAGCUGAUGCAGUCCUACCCCCAAAUCUGUAGUCACCUGCAAAUUAAUGGAAUGUAAUCCGUGUAAAGCUAUAUAUGUUGGGCAUUAUUUAUUGGCGCUAAUGCUUCAAGCUUCCGUUGUUUUAUAGCAUUUUAAGAAAUGUUCUGCUUAACUUACUUGAGAAAUAUACCUAAGAGCAUAUAAUAGGUCAUACUUGCCAUGCUAUAAUUCACUGGAGGAGAGUAAAAUUACUGAUGCCAAUAAUGAAGAAUCUGCAGGCUAAUCCUUUAUUUAAAACUUUCUUUUCAUGCACCCCAUGUAACAUAGUGCGUAUUUCUAAGACCACUAAGAGAUGGAAGAGAAAUAGUUAUUAGUGCAGAAUUAUUUAUGUGAUAUGGUAUUUCUAUUCUUUCCCUGUUUUAUUUUAUUGUUUUUUUGUAGCUGAAUUUUAACCAAAACUGCAUCCCAGCUGCAUUUUUAGUCUCACUGAAAAUGAGUCAUUCAGUGGGAAGUGGACUAUCCUGUGGUUAAUUUCAAGGUUAUGAGUAUUAAAAACACAUACAAAUAGUAGACUUUUACCUGAACCCUCCUCCAAAAUGAUAGUUCUGGAGUAUGCCAUCUUUUUGAGGAUUGAUUCUAAAUUCAAGGACUCAGGUAGAUUGGUUUCAUUUCCUUCUUAGCUAACUAUUCCCAGAUCAGUCUUUUGCUUCUGAACUUUUUUUUUUUUGGGGGGGGGGUGAAAAUUGCCUGUGUGGUAGCAUCUUUCAGAUUUAAUGCCAAAAAAAACCACUAAAUAUUUGUAUAGCACUGUUAAAAUGGGUUUGAAAUACUUUCGUCAAGUUAAAUAUAAAAUGCACUCACUGGAUUUCCAUAGAGGAAGCAUUGUUAUGUGUUAAACAGCUGUUUCACAGACGUGCUGACCAUUUCUUUAGAUGUUAUUAGGUUUAAGAACCAUUUCAAAAUAUUUUGUUGAAAUAUGGAAAGAUAUAAAGUUAUGGAUUCACACAACAUGGCAUCUUAAGUUGAAAGAUUGAAAGUAGUGCAUUGUUUCUCUUAAGAAUAACAGUUUUGAAGUCAACAAUGUAAUCUUUUUAAACUUCAGCCUUUCUCAGUAGAUAUGUUUUAAUGUAACAUGUAAUCAGUGUAGCUUAGAUUUUGACUGGUAAACUAAAUGCUUAUAUAUUUGAAGUUGACUUUAAAAAGCCAAUGAGCAGUCCUCAAAGGUCCUGGACUCUUAGCAACUAAUAGAAUAACGUUUGGUUUUGGAGUCUGGAGUUAAAGCACCUUGUGUUGUCUGCUUCUAAAGUGUCUCAGAGUUUUACAUUUAAAGCAUAAAGAGUAACAUUUUAUAUUAAAAAGUUACAUUUCCCAUUUGUUAGUGUCCCGUGCUACCCCUCUGAUGAGGAAUGUUCACAUUACCUCUGGGUCAUUUCUAUGCAUAACAUUCACCAAAUACUGCUGCUGUGGUUUCUUAAAGGAAACCUCGUGUGCUAUGAUGCAUUGUCAUCUUGCUGCUCGACAAAUAAGCAUAUGAGGAAUUAGACUGUGUGUGUUAUCAAUACCUUUGUACAGACAACAAGAUGUAACCCUAAAGAUGAGGAAUGUGCGUAAAUAAUCACUCAGUGAUUUUUGUUUAAAAAUUGGUCAGUACUAUAGCUAAAGCUUCUGUGGUUUGUAUGAUGUUUUAACUUUUAUUUUAAACUGCACAGAAUAAAUAAAAAUGAAAACAAA